CGCGGGUUGUUGUCCUUGUGGUUCGUUGAUUCGCUUAUUUAUAUGUGAGCAAUGGUGCCAUAGUGGGGGUUUGACGGAGGGUUGAAAACUGUGUGGUUGAUUUAGUUUAGAGUUUUUUUACAGGACAAUUUACCAAAAUGGUAUUGCCUGUUGGUGUUCGUCAGAAUGUGCGAAUUCUUCUUGUGGGGGAGAGGAGUGUUGGCAAGACCUCCAUUGUGUUGUCAUUGGUGACUGAAGAAUUUACAGAAGAUGUCCCAGCCAAAGCAGAAGAGAUUACCAUCCCAGGUGAUGUUACACCUGAGAAAGUUCCCACAUUUAUUGUUGAUUACUCAGCUGUGGAACAAACCCAUGAAAUGCUCACAACAGAAAUCCAGCGUGCACAUGUAGUUUGUGUUGUUUAUGCAGUUAACGAUGAAGAGAGUUUAGAAAAAGUCAGUACAUAUUGGUUGCCAUUGCUGAGAGAUGUCCCUUUGACCCAACACUAUCGCCCUGUUGUUUUGGUCGGAAAUAAGAUGGAUUUGGUUGACUUCACAUCAGCUGAUUCUCUGUCCACUAUCAUGGAUGAGUUUCCAGAGGUUCAGAUGUGUGUAGAGUGUUCUGCAAGAACAUUGAAGAACAUUUCAGAGAUGUUCUACUGUGCUCAAAAGGUUGUGUUACAUCCGGUACCUCCACUGUAUAAUGUUGAUCAACAAGAGUUGACAGAUGCUUGUCAGAAAGCUCUUGUUAGAAUUUUUAAGGUAUGUGACACUGACAAUGAUGGACUGUUGAAUGAUGUUGAACUGAACAAUUUCCAGACUUACUGUUUUGAUGUUCCAUUACAACCAAAUGUUUUGGAUGAAGUAAAAGCAAUUGUGCGGAGAAACAUUUCUGAUGGUGUAGUUAACAAUGCCCUCACACUGAGAGGCUUCCUGUUUCUUCAUUGUCUUUAUAUCCAGCGAGGUCGUAAUGAGACUACAUGGAGAAUUCUGCGAAAAUUUGGAUACAUGAACAACCUGGAGAUGUCAAAAGAUUUCUUACGGCCUUUCAUUCUUGUUCCUGCUGGCUGCACUACAGAGAUAUCUUACAAGGGCCAGCAGUUCCUUACUACUCUGUUUGAACGUUUUGACAAGGAUAGAGAUGGUGCUCUCUCUCCAGCUGAAGUAGAUGAUUUAUUUUCAACAUGUCCUGCACCUCUGUGGGGUCCUGAUGUCCACCGUACAGUUUCAACAAAUUCAAAGGGUUGGAUAACAUUGCAAGGCUUCAUGUCACAGUGGGUACUCACUACAUUGCUUGAUCUGCCAAAAGCACUGGAGUACUUUGCCUACCUAGGUUAUCCUAUGACUGACACCAAGGGUCAGUUGUCAGCAAUACAAGUUACAAGAGAGAAAAGACUGGACUUAGCCAAAAGACAGACAACUCGCAGUGUGUAUCAGUGUCAUGUGAUUGGCCCUCGAGGAUCAGGGAAAUCCAUGUUGUGUCGCUGUUUCAUAGGAGAUAACUUAGAGGACAUCCAGUUGUCAGAACUGAAGGGCAAUCCUCAGUGCACCGUUAAUGCAGUUCAAGUGUAUGGUCAGGAAAAGUAUCUUGUCCUGCGUGAUAUUGACGUGCGCCACGUAUUGGAGCCACUCCAGCCCUCAGAAGUACAGUGUGAUGUUGCAUGUUUGGUGUAUGACAUAUCCAGUCCCAAGUCUUUUGAAUACGUGGCACGCAUCUAUCUAAAGUACUUUGUUGACAGUAAGAUACCUGUACUGAUGGUCGCCAAUAAGAGUGAUCUGGAGGAGGCUCGUCAAGAUUAUCUACUUCAACCAGCUGCUUUUUGUAGUCAUCACAAGUUGCCACCACCGCACCCAUUCAGUGCAUCUGGUGCAGUCAAAAGAGAUCUGUAUGUGAAACUAUCAACCAUGGCUGCCUUCCCCAACCUUCGCCGUUUGGUUCAUGUUCUUCUCUUACGUCCUUCACCACGUGAAUGGUUCAGUCAGGGUUUCAGACAUUUAAAACAGCUGGGUCUCCUGAUGGGUGAUUCAAUUGUGUGGUGGAAGGUAGGGCUUGGAAUUGCAGCUGCGACAGUUGUAAGUCUGUUAGUCGUCAGAAUUCUCAGCUCUGGUGACAGAUAGUCGGUGGAAAACUUCAAAGUGUUCAAUAAUGUGUACUGUAAUAAAAGCAGCAUUAACUCUUUUAUAUAUGGAUAAUUUUUAUAAGAUAUAUGACAAUUCUUACUGCUUUUAAAAAAAUACCAAAACGUUUUUGUGGCUUUAUGUAUAUCAUAAAUACAGUUUAAAAGGUAUUUAUGGAGAGUACAAACUAAGUAACUUAAUACUUAUUUUGACAUAGUGUGUAUAUGUGUUAUGUUUAUAUUAUUUAAUAUUGUAUGGAUCUCAGAAAGUAAAAUCUCUUCACAAUCCUUGUAGUCCGUUAACAAGUAUCUCUUCCUAACAUAAUGCUGACAUAAUGAGUUUGUUUGAAAACAUGAAACAUGUGUUGUGAUUUAUUACAAAUUUGAAAUGUUAAAAUUUUCUCCAUGUUUUAAAUGACAGCCUAGAGACAUAGAGAAGGUAUUUAUUUUGUUAUUGUCUUUGAUUGUAACUUAUAAAAUCAUUAAAGUAUGCUGUGCUUAUUAUCGUAAA